GUUAAACCGACCAAGCUCGAGCUCACCAGCGCGCGGUGCACUAAAGGCCCCGGAUGAUCGGUUGAGCUGUGCAGACCAACCAUUCAUCUGGGCAGAAAAUGUUUUCAUGGCUUUAAAACUGUGGCACUUUAAAUUGACAGUAGAUAAAAGAAAAUCCCAGCUGUACGUCAACAAAGGGGGGAACCCAUUCAUCUGCUCAGGCAGUGGGAAUGAAUUCAGUCGGGUCAUCUCAACUGAAGGUACAUCAGCAAGUUCACACUGGGACAAGGCCAUUCCCCUGUUCUGUGUGUGAGAAGGGAUUCAGUCGGUCUUCCCACCUGUGGACACACCAGUCAGUUCACAUCGAGCAGAGGCUGGUCAUCUGCUGAAUUUGUGGGGAAGGUUUCACUCGGUUAUCUGACCUAAUGGCUCACCAGCGAGUUCACACCGGGGAGCGGCCGUUCACCUGCUCAGACUGUGGGAAGGGAUUCAGUAAAUCAUGUAAACUGAAGGUACAUCAGCGAGUUCACACUGGAGAGAGGCCGUUUACCUGCUCAGACUGUGGGAAGGGAUUUACUGUGUCAUCUCAGUUACUGAGACACCAGUCAGUUCACACCGGGGAGUGGCCAUUCACUUGCUCAGACUGUGGGAAGGGAUUCACUCUAUCAUCUGCACUGAAGGUACAUCAGCGAGUUCACACUGGGGAGAGGCCGUUCACCUGCUCAGACUGUGGGAAGGGAUUCAUUCAGUCAUCUCAUCUGAAGGCACACCAGCAAGUUCACACCAGGGAGAGACCAUUCACCUGCUCAGACUGUGGGAAGGGAUACACUUGCUCAUUUAAUCUGAAGGUACAUCAGCGAGUUCACACUGGGGAGAGGCCAUUCACCUGCUCAGACUGUGGGAAGGGAUUCAAACUGUUCGCUCACCUACUGACACAUCAGCAAGUUCACACCAGGGAGAGACCGUUCACCUGCUCAGACUGUGGGAAGGGAUUCACUGAGUCAUAUCAACUGAAGGUACAUCAGCGAGAUCAUACUGGGGAGAGACCUUUCACCUGCUCGGACUGUGGGAAGGGAUUCACUCAGUCAUAUCAACUGAAGGUUCAUCAGCGAAUUCACAGUGGGGUGAGGCCGUUCACCUGCUCAGACUGCGGGGAGGGUUUCACAAAGUCAUCUGCUGUACUGAGACACCAGUCAGUUCACACUGGAGUGAGGCCAUUCACCUGCACAGUGUGUGGGAAGGGAUUCACUCAGUCAUCUGCUGUAUUGAGACACCAGUCAGUUCACACUGGGGAGAGGCCAUUCACCUGCUCAGUGUGUGGGAAGGGAUUCGUAGAGUCAUCUCAACUGAAGGUACAUCAGCGAGUUCACACUGGGGAGAGGCCGUUCACCUGCUCAGACUGUGGGAAGGGAUUCACUCGGUCAUCUCAUCUACUGAAACACCAGUCACUUCACACCAGGGAGUGACCAUUCACUUGCUCAGUCUGUGGGAAGGGAUUCAAUUGGUCAUUUCACCUGAUGACACACAGGGAAAUGGCCGUUCACCUGCUCUGUCUAUGGGAAGGGAUUUAUUACGUCAUCUCAACUGAAGGAACAUCAGCGAGUCCACACUGGGAAGGGGCCGAUCACCUGCUCAGACUGUGGAAAAAAUUCUCUCAGCCAAAUCAACCAAUUGUGCAUCACUGAGUUCACACCGGGGAGAGGCCGAUCACCUACUGUGAAUGUGGUGAAGUAUUUGCGGUGGACAUGGACUGUGCCUUUAAAUGAGAGAGAAAAACUGUCUUCAGUACUGCUGCCUGCUUCUUGGUUGCCAUGGUGAGAGAGAGGCAGAGUUAUGUGAUGGACAGUUCAAUGUUCACAGUUGCUUCGUAGCGUGUUUAUUUAAGCAAGGUCAGAUGACUCUCCCAGAGACACACAGUGGAACACUGGUUAAGGCAACCGGUCAGUGAAAGGAGGCCAGUGACAGAGGAGUCAUUGGGUGGAACUUUCGAGUGCCCACAAGCGUGGGUUGAGGAUCGAUCAGGGGAAUCAAUCAGUAUGUCACGGUGUGUGGAAGGGCUGACCCUGUGGAGGCUACCGGUGUGUCUACCCUUGCCUGGGAGGUAGUUCACCCUCGAAGACGGUACCCUUAGUGAUAAGCUGUGUUUGGCUGACUCGAGAGUGGAUUCGGAGCCUGACAACGGAAGAUCAACGGGACCUGUUUACUCAUUCUUCUAGUGUGGUUUUCACUUUGGAUUACAAAUACCUCUCUCUCUCUCUCACACACCAAUUCCAUGGACUGAACUGAACUUCCUUGCAUUACCAUCGUAAGACUUUAACUCUUGUCACCCGAGCUUUAACAAGUUUGAGAAUUGUAUUUACACACAAAUAUAUGCAUAACAUUGCUAACUUUUGAUUUACCUGGUUUAAGUUACUAUAUUGAGUAGUUACUAAUAAAUAGUGAUUUUUAAUAACAAAACCAGACUCCAGGUGUGCUCUAUUGCUGCUGGUUCAUUUCGACCAUUGUGUGUACGUAAACAGAUUCAUUCAGUUAUCUAUCCUUAUCACACACUACCAGGU